UAUGGCGGAAGAACGAUAGAGUUUUUGUAUUGCUGACAAAAGAGAAAUUUGGUGCUCGUCCGGUGAAAUGCUCACCUAGAUUUACUUGUGACCGUGUUAUAUUAAAUGCGUUUUCCGCUUAUGGAAGGUGUUCGUCUCGCUUUCAGAUCUGGUGCGUGGAAACCAACUAGAAAGGAAUGGCUACUAGGGACAUCUUGUUUGCAGAUAGAAGAGAAAGAAAGAAUAAUGAAUUUUGUCUUCAAGAAAGAUGCUAAAUCAGCUCUGAUUGGAAGACUUCUAAUGAGAAAAGUGAUCAGUGACUUUACAAAGAUUCCUUAUAAUGAGGUGAUACUGAAAAGAACAGAGAAGGGAAAGCCUUUCUUGGCCAAUGAUCCUAUGGAACCAUCACAGAGAAAGUUUAACUUCAACAUAUCUCAUCAGGGAGACUUCACCGUGUUAGCUGCAGAGCCUGAAUCGCAAGUUGGUGUUGAUGUAAUGAAAACAACAUACCCAUCUUCUUCUACUGUGCCUGGAUUUUUUCACACCAUGCGUAAGCAGUUUACUGGAUAUGAAUGGCAAACAAUCAAAUCUCAGCCUUCCGAAUGGAAUCAACUGCAGAUGUUUUACAGACACUGGUGUCUGAAAGAAAGUUACGUAAAAGCUACAGGGACUGGUAUAGGACGUGAUUUACAGUCUGUUGAAUUCCAGAUAAAUACCAAAGAGCUGUCUCCUCAGAAUGUGACAUCCGAUACAAAUUUUUUCCUUGAUGAAGACGAAAUGGACGGAUGGCUGUUUGAAGAAACCAAACUCGAUGACUUGCACCAAGUGGCAGUCGCUUUAGGUCCUUCACAUACAACCUACAAGGAAACAAGAUCGGGGUUUUCCACUUUUAAGAUUCUUCAGUUUGAUGAUAUCGUGUCUUCAGCUAUUCCGCUGUUUCCAGAAGUUGAAUCAGAUUGGAUCGAGUUUCAAGCAAAGAAAGAAAAGUCUUAGUGAUGGAUAACACUGAUAAAACAAACAGAUCGUGGACGACAUUGUGAACUACAUAGCGCUGAAAUAGACCAAUUCUCUUCAACGCCUUACAAGACUAUUUAAAACGAAUGUAAACUAAGAGAAAUUGAACAAAAUAAUGAUGUCUUUACAAAAAAAAUACUAUUAUCCUUUUAAAGCUUCAUCGCUGAGCGACACAAGUAUAAAUAUCCAAUUUAAGAUGUCUAACUGGAUUAUAUUUGUGACAUACCAUGAAGUAGCUGGGCUAGGUGCUGGUAUAAUCAUGUGUUGGGUUCGGCUAAUUGAAAUAUGUAGACUGCAUGUUCAACUUCCAAUGCAAACCACCAAGGGAAACGGGAGCUAAAAAUUCACAGAUAAGGGUUGUCCGAGCUUGCGUAGUAUAUGUACACUUGGUCUGCUGCUCUGCUUCAAUAUUAAAACCAACCUUGAAAGAGAACUUAUAAGCAUUCACGAAGACGGUUCCAAAAGCCUUGGUGCUUAAAAAAGUGAAAGGGUUGGAAAUCUCAUUUGCUGAGCACUCAAAGAUCACCUUCUAUUUGGCCACAAUAGUGCGAUAGCCUCGAAAUAAUAAAAAAUACGAACAAAAAAGACCUUACAGCUGAAGGGACUUAGCAGGAUGCACAGGACUCGCAUUAUUUUGAUUGAAGCGAAUUGUCUCACAGGAUACGAAUCCUUCUGUAAAGUGAACUGUUAUGUAUUGAGUUUACAGUGAGGAUUAAUCUGGUUUGCCCUUGAUGAAGCACGACAGUUCCCAACAUGACUUACAAGCCGUUUAGACAACUUUUGUAUCUCCAGGGAAGCUGACGUUUUGCACCUUACCCACCCAUAGGGUUGGUGUUGGAGAUGAGUGGAGUGGGUGGGGAGAUUGUCGGAAGUGAUCGGGACUGUGACUAUCGUAGAAACUCAAUUCGAGAGAGACUUGCGCAAUAGGCACUUGGCAGGCGCUCUUGAUCCACGCUCGUGGACGUGUGUGCUUGGGAACAGUGCGCACGAGCAAGGAAUCAUUCAGUGCACUUUUUUCUACAGAGAUUUCGCCCCUUUGCGGGCCUUUACUAUUUACUGGGUUUCCGUGCGCCCGAGUACUCGAAGUUAACUAACAGAAGAGGAGGUUGUAUUGUUGUACGUGCAGAAAACCAAGAUCAGGCUUCGAGCGGAUGUUUCUUUCGGAUCACUUUCUGCGUCUUUCAUCAACCAACAUACUAUGGAAACAGAUAAGUGGUAAAUACAAUGUGGUGACAUAAAUACGGUUUUAUGUCGUCAACUUUUAUCAGAUUAAGUUAUGUGGAGGCGUUUGGCGUGGGUAUCGCGAUGACAGCGCGGACGUUGUGCGUUUCCAGGAUGCUCAUGAUGUUUCCAUCUCAAAUCUCUCUCAUAUACGUUCAGUUUUCAAAUAUGCUCCAGUUGCCUGCUUGAGGCCUUUGCGUUUAAUCAACUAACCGGCGGAAAGUGUGAUACAUCUAAAACAGUGUUGGUAGAGGGAACCAAGAGUAGCCGGAAGAAAUGAAAGUUGAAAGUCAAAGCGAGGAUGUAUUUUAACAAGUCUUCUGCUGAUCGAUAUACAGUGUAAACAUAGCUUUGCUGACCCAAGUGACAAUUUCAAUUUUCAUGACAAAUUGUUUCCGUCGGCAUGAAUGUUUUGGGUCAUGUACCAUUUAAGAGGGUAGCAAAGCGGAACUCCUGAUCCCAUUCAAACACAAAUUUUAGAAGAAUUCGCGUGUCGCGUUUCACUUUGAACGGUAUUUCACGCGUUACGAAUUGAAAAGAGAAAACUUCAAAUCUUAUCUUACAUCGCCUUUCUGUAAAAUUCAAGCUUGAUGUUUUAAUUUUGGCCUUAAUUACGCGUUACAUUUAACAGCUUUGCCGCCCCCUUUAAAAUUCCAUGUUUUACAAGUCAAGGCACCUCAUUCAGCGUGAAACCGUAGGCAAGGAAGACGAAGUAAUGUCUCUGAAUAACCUGGCAAUUACGUAUAUUUCUUUGUUCCACUUGUAAAACCUAUACCAACUGUUUAGCGAUUAACAUGGCAUGAGGGGUGCAGAUUUUAUGCGAGAAAGUUGAAAAUUAGUCACUGCUCUUAUCCCUUAUCGCUUACGUCGUCCACAGAACCUUGAAUUUGUCUUUUUUUCAAGUCGCUGGUUAAGCAUGGACAGCUGAAAAGGAAACAAAAUGUGAAACGCACGCGCAGAGCGUGA